GAUAGUGAUAUUUCUGGUUCAAUGAUGCGCUGGGUAAUGAAGAUACGUGGUUCUGUCUUUGCUCUAUUACGUUACAAUCAAAAUAAGAUUUAGUAGGAUCUGUAAAGUAUUUGAAUACGCCCAAAAUAAAAGUAUCUUGUCACGUCGACAUGGUGGCUCUGACUGGAAACUUCGCGAUGUUACAUAGCCAUGAAAACAAUCGCGAUUGCAGUCCACAGAUAAUUUUUGAGGGCUGUUUGGUUUUCUUGUACGGGUAUAGUUUCUUGUUUUUCUUCUCACCGCAGACUGGAACUCCAUUAUUAACAGAGGCGAGCAGGAAAAUGAGGAAGGCCUUACUUUCAUUUCCCAGAGCUAAGACAAUAGGACAGAAGUUGACUCUCCUUGGAAAAAUCUGCCCAGACUAUUUUGCUCCUGAACUUCCAGCGGUAGCUGAAUUCUCCACCAAUGAGACGAUGGGGUGUUCUGCAGACAGAAUUGCAGCACCAUUCGGUGUAUCCCGAAGAGAACAAGAUGAAUUUGCUUUGUGUUCACAUUCUUUGGCCAAGAAAGCAGAAACUGAGAAGUUUCUUAAAGAUGUCAUUCCAUUCAAAGUGCCAGGCCAUUACACUGUCACCAAAGAUAAUGGAAUUAGACCAUCCUCGAUGGAACAGCUGACUAAAUUGAAGCCAGCUUUUAUCAAACCGCAUGGAACCAUUACUGCUGCCAAUGCUUCUUUCCUGACAGAUGGUGCUUCUGCUGUGUUAAUAAUGUCUGAAGAUAAAGCGCUGGCUAUGGGCUACAAACCACUGACUUAUCUAAGGAACUUUGUGCAUGUCUCACAGGAUCCAAAAGACCAGUUGCUGCUUGGGCCAACAUAUGCAACUCCUAAGGUUUUGGAGAAAGCUGGAUUAACGCUUAAUGAUAUUGAGUUCCAUGAGGCACAGAUCCUGUCUAAUAUGAAAGCUUUGGAUUUAGAGUGGGUUGCAAAAGCCUAUAUGGGCAGAAAAACUAAGGUCGGUGUUUGUGAAAUGGAUAAGUUUAACUGUUGGGGUGGUUCAUUAUCCCUGGGACAUCCUUUUGGUGCCACUGGUUGUCACCUCGUUACAACGGCUGCUCACAGACUGAUUGCAGGAGGUGGACAAUAUGCACUUGUUGCUGCUUGUGCUGCUGGAGGACAGGGUCAUGGAAUGAUUGUUGAAACCUAUCCCCAGAAAUGAAAUGUGCUUUCCUAAUCAGCACCAAUCCAGUGUAAUGGAAAAUGAAGAUCAAAAAUAUUCUGCUCAUCUUUUUCUGUAUUCUAAUAACAUUUUCUUAUAAUAAUGGUGUAUACUUGAUGUUUAGUUAAUGUGUUUUCUUGUGACUGCUGCUUAUAUGAUGCUAUGUGCCUGUGAUGGCAGGUAAGUUUUUCAUGGCACCUCUGCGUACAUGUACUUGUGCAUUUAACAGUAAAUAAGACUUUGAUUUUGAAAAGAAGCCUAACUUCAGGAUAACAUAGAACUUUGUAUUUCCAUACUAUCAUGUUUGAAAAAAGCAGCCAGGGAGAACGAUAUAGAGGAAUUUGGGUAGAUGCAAAUGUUAGCCAAACAGAAUGGCUUCAGUUUUUGUUGUCAGGACUCUCAAUUUGAUUUGAUUUGAUGGCAGAAAGAAGUCCAUAUGGUGUGAAAGCAUAAAGAUGGUAUAGUUCUGUGGUGAGUUUCAUGUCAACAGUGUUGCUAAGGACUUGGUGAAUAACAUUAUAUUCUGAAUAUAUAUUGUAGUUUGAAGGUGUUAAAAUAUAAUCCUUGCUACCUUAAGAAAUUUUCUGGAUGGUAGAAAAGCACCUUGCUAUCAGAGAUUUAUUUAUGAUUAUGGAAGCAGAUUGGAGGAUGAAGGAAAGUUAUUUCUCAUUAUUGGUUACAUUCAGUGAAAGGAGGGCUUUCUUUUACUGCAGAAAAUUUUGUUGCAUCUUGGUAAAUAGCAUUCAAAAUAUUAAUCUGGAGCAAAAUACUUGAACAGGCUGAGGAUGUAAAGGACGAUCUGAGGAAGAAACAUCCAACCAAAUCACUGCCAACGUAUACUGGAAGCUCCUGUGACAGUUUCAUAAUGCAUUGCUUUCCAGUGUCAGAACUUGUGUCAUUAAGUGUCAUUGUCCUUAGGUAGACUGUCUACCAGCUAUGAUACUAUUUGAGGGACUAUUCUGUGCACUAAUUCCUUGUCGCAGUUCAUAUCCAAUGGCUAUGUUUCUAAAGUAACUCACAAUGUACGAAUGCCUGGAAAUACAUUACUUCCAUUUCAAACAGCUCACUGAUGCUAGUUUAUUAAUGUACAGCAAGAUCAAUGUUCCCAUUUUAAUUUCAGUGCAACAGCACAGGUAUAUUUUGUCUUGGCAUCACUUCCACUUAAGGGAGGAAGGAUGGUAUUGAUAUGGCAGGAUUGAAUUUCACACAAUUGCUGCAACUUACAGGUUGUGUACCAUGAAUUUCAGGGUUCCACACAAAAAGCAACCUUUAGUGGUAACCCAUGUCUGUAGCAAAUAUCAUUUUAGCAGUAUUGGCUGAAAGGGGGGCACGAGAGAAGAGGAAUCAAGUGCCCGAGUUUCCAGAUGGCAAGUAGGAGAUGCUCUUUGAAGGACAUUUUAUGCAAGUAUGGUAGGAGGCCUCUGAGGACCAGAGUCUGGAGAUUCUGGCAAGGUACAGCUGCUGAGCUUAUUUACUAGGCGUGACAGUCAGCAAUAAAUGGAGCAGUGCUGAAAAAUGUAUCAUGACCUCAGAAGAUAUGUCAAGAUGAGAGCUCAAGCAUUUUAAGAAAGAAGAAAGAAAAAAAGAAAUAUCGUUAUUGUCAUUGCAUAGUACAAUUUGUCAUGCACCAAUACAGUGAAAAUGAGUAUGCAACUCGUACUCAAUGCUAUAAAACAACAAAUAAAAUAAGCAAUAAAUAAAAUUAAGUAACCAGCCAGUACAAGCAAUGUCCAGCAGUACAAAAGUGCAACUCAGAUGUAUGACAGCCAUAAAACCAGUAUUAAAAGUAGCAAUAUAACAAAUUUAUGGAUGAUGCUUGAUUGUUGGUUCAGAGCAAUUAUAGCUCUGGGGAAAAAGCUAUUUAAUGUGCUGAACAGAUAUUCUGUCCUCAGCUGAAAUGCUUAAAGUAAAUUUAUCACCAAAGUACAUAUAUGUCACCAAAUACUACCUUGAGGUUCAUUUUCUUGCAGACAUUCAUGGUAAAUACAAGAAACACAAUAGAAUCAAAGAAAGACCACAUCAACAGGGCAGACAACCAGUGUGCAAAGGACAACAAACUGUGCAAAUACAAAAACAAAGAAAUAAAGGAAAUAAUAAUAAUAAAUAAGCAAUAAAUAUUAAGAACAUGAAAUAUAGAGUCUUUGAAAGUCAAUCCAUAGGUUGUGGGAACAGUUAAGUGAUGAGGUGAGUGAGAUUGAUUGAAGUUACCCUCACUGCUUCAAGAGCCUAACUGUUCCUGAACCUAGUGGUGCGAGUCCUGAGGUUCCUUUACUUUCUAACUUUCUACCUGAUGACAGCAAUGAGAAGAGAGCAUGACCUGGGUGGGGGUGGGGGGGGGGGGGGGGGUCCCUGAUGAUCGAUGCUGCUUUGCUGUGACAAUGCUCCAUAUUGAUGUGCUUCAGUAGUGGGUAGGGCUUUACCUAUUAUAGAUUGAGUCAUAUCCACUACUUCUCACAAACUGCUAAGGAAGUAGAGGCCUGCUGUGCUUUUUCGUAAUUGCUGUUAUGUGCUAGGCCCAGGACAGAUCCUCUGAAUGUUAACACCAAGGAAUUUAAAGUUACUGACUCUCCACCUCCGAUCCUCCAAUGAGGACUGGCUCAUGGACCUCUGUUUCCUUUUCCCGAAGUCAAUAAUUGGCUCCUUGGUCUUGGUGACAUUGAGUAAAAGGUUGUUGUGGUACCACUCAGCCAGAUUUGCAAUCUCUCUCCUAUAUGCUGAUUUAUCAUCACCUUUGCUUUGACCAAUGUCAGUGGUGUCAUCAGCUAGCUUAAAUAUGGCAUUGGAGCUGCGCUUAGCAACACAGUUUUAAGUGUAAAGCGAGUAGAGCAGGUGGCGAAGCACACAGCCUUGUGGUGCACCUGUGGUGGAGAUUUUGUGGAGAUGUAGUUGCUAAUCCGAAUUGACUAGGGCUUGCAGGUGAGGAAAUUGAGGAUCCAAUUGCACAAGGAAGUAUUGAGGUUAAGGUCUUGAAGCUUGUUGAGUAGUUUUGAGGUGAUGAUAGUAUUGAAUGCCGAGAAAUUUUGAGACACAUUCAAAAAGACAUCACGCAUGUGCACACAAGCCGCACGCUCACCACAGAGACACACAUCAUGGGUCAGGCAACUGCAAAGCAGAGUUUAGUUGUCAGAUCUUGGUGUGGGUUGGGGGCUGCACUGACAAGUCUGAGUCAAAACAGAUCUGCAUUUCCUUCUCUGCCCAGUCUGGGAGCUUCAUCUGGUCUUGGGUGUGGGAAGGUGCUAUUUCAGACUGCAGACACAAAAUCAGCAGCAGGCCCUUCCAGGGCAAGAGAUUGUGAUUAGUGUCCAUCAUGGAUAUUUUGUUAUUCCUUCUGAUAGAAGGGAGCAGGCUACCAGCCAACGCAUUGGUUGGAGACUUACUGGCUGUGAAAUGGGGGUAAGCAAUGAGGCAGUUUUCUUUAUUCAGAGGCAACUGAUUAUAGGUAUUUAUCAAUGAAACUGCUACUCUACAUCAGCGUUCUUGCCCUUCCCCCAC